AUGGAUACCAACAAAAGUGUGAUAUAUUCUCAAUUUUUUUCCAAAUUGAUCAAUGAUAAUAACGAGAUGGAUGAUACGAUGACUUCGUUCCUAUAUUAUUUAUUCCCUAGAGAAUUGUUUAUCAGAGCAUUGUCGUUGCUAGAUUCUGGGGAUAUGUUCAUCUAUGUGUUAGAGAAUGGCAAUAUAUCAAGCAGUUCUAUGAAUUUGGUUCCAACCGUGUGUGAUUCAGAUGAAAGCAGAAGUCCAUCAUCAUCAGGAAACUCCAACAACGAGGCAAGUAAUGAAAGCAAUACGAUCGAUUCUAAUUCAAUAGUAGAAGAAUUAUAUGAUAUCGAUACUGAGUUACAAAAUAGACUAAUAGUCAAGACACAUGAGAAGGAUUCACCGCCGAUAUACGUCGAUCUAAAGACAUGGUUCUGUUCAUGUGAUGAAUUCAAUUCAUACUUUAAUUUAGAACUACAAAAAAAUCAAUCGAUUCCAAUCCAAGAUACAUUGAUUAGGAAUAUUGACGAUAUUCAAGAGUUCUCAGAAGAUAAAUUCGCUCAAAUAGAUGCCCAUAGUCUCUCGAAACAAAAAUAUGUUUGCCAUGAGAAGUUAAUGUGUCCACAUCUAUUAGCAUAUUCAAUACUUUUAGCUUCAUCAACAAAGACUCUUAGAUACUUCACUUUGGUCAAUCAAACUGUGCUGCUAAUUCGAAUCAGCAACAUGGAUGAGUGGUUAAAACUACAUAUCAACAUCGUCUCUUGA